GCUCACGCCUCACAAACCAUGCGCAUGCCGAAUGCCGUUUGUGUAUAAUAAACAAAUCUUUGCCUGUUCUACUCCUCUUUCGUCUGCCGCAUCCAUACUACACGGGUGCGUGUCUCUUGUUGAUUGAUUCUUGUAUUUCUAUCUUUUCCGAAAUUCGUGUUUUAAUAAAUCAGUAUAAAAAUGACUAAAGAUAUCGUAAACGCGUUGGUAUUCGAUUACCUGAAUUCUUUAGAUCAGAAUUUGGCAAAUAUGUUCCAGAACAAGACUAAAGCCUCAAAAUUACAAAGAGGUCAAGUAAAACUGGAUCAAAUAAUCAACAGUCAUUUAAAGUCUUCAGAUAAGGAAAUUAAAGUACAUAAAAAUGGACCAUCUGUUGAUCAAAUAAUUAAGAUGAGUAAUGGUAAAGCUGCUGUGCCAGCAGUUGAAUCUUCAGAUGAAGAUAGCUCAGAAGAAGAGGAGGUAAAGCCUACCAAGAAAUCAAACAAAGGGGUUGCUACAGCAGUUAAAAAUCAAUCCAAAUCAGCUGUGCAAAAUGGUAAGAAAAAAGAAAGCAGUUCAGAAGAUGAAAGUUCUGAUGAAGAUGACGAACCCCCAGUAAAGAAAGCGUGUCCAGCUCCUAAACAAGUUGCUAAGCCUGUUGCUAAAAAAGAAUCAAGCUCGGAAGAAGAAUCUAGUUCUGAAGAUGAAGCACCGGCGCCAAAAAAACCUGUUACUAAACCAGUUUCAAUGCCAGUUGCUGCUAAGAAAAGUGCUGGUGCAUCUUCUGAUGAAAGCUCUGAAGAAGAAAGUUCUGAAGAUGAGAAAAAGCCUGCAGUUAAAGUGCCCCCUAAACCCCCUGUCAAGAGCACUGCAGAAUCUAGUUCUGAGGAAUCUUCAGAAGAAGAAAAGCCUGUUAAAGCUGCUUCCAAAGUUGUAACUCCAGCUAAAAAAACUAAAGAAGAAUCUAGCUCUGAAGAGGAUAGUUCUGAAGAUGAAAAACCAGCAAUUAAUAAAAAAGUUGCAGUGCCAGUCAAAAAAUCUAAAGAAUCUAGUUCAGAAGAAGACAGUUCUGAAGAAGAAACUAUUGUUGUCAAAGCUCCGUUAAAAAAAGUAGUCGCUGCAGCUAAAAAAGAUGAAUCUAGUUCAGAAGAAGAAAGUUCAGAAGAUGAAAGUCCUGCUACAGCUAAACCAGCUAAACCAACUGCUGUCAAACCAGUUGCAACCAAAAAAGCAGCAGAUAAUGAUGAAUCGGAAUCUGAUGAUGAUGACGACGAUGAAGAUGAAACUCCAAAAACUCCUAAUAGCCAAAUAAAAACUCAGCCAUUUGUUAAAGCCACCAAUGGAAAUAACAAAUCAUUUGAGGACAGCAGCCAAAAUACUAACAACAGUAUUAGUGACAAUUUUAACAAUACUUUUGAUUCUGCUAAAAAGAAAAAUCAGCUGCAAAACAGACGUUCAGAUCCUUAUAGGCGUGUACGUGAAGAUAAUGUCAGUGUUGAUGAACGUCUAUUGAAUAAUUCUCUACAAGCAAAGAAAGGCCAUUAUGAAUGUUGGGGUAAAAAGGCGGCCCUGGACCUACAAUAUACUAAAGGCAAAUCAUUCAGGCAUGAAAAAACUAAAAAGAAACGUGGUUCAUAUAGAGGUGGACAAAUUGAUGUAGGAGUUAAUUCUAUUAAGUUUGACGAUUAAUUUCUCAUUAUAUUUGACUUGUAAUUUUUUUAUAUAUAUUAUUAUUGUUGUUUUUUCAACAAGCUUUUAAAAAAAAACAAUAACUUGGUCCUAUUUCUAUUCCGGUUUUAAUUAACUAUUGUAAUUAAAUUUGUCUUUGGUUUGUUAUGAUAGUUUUAAAAAAACUAUUGUGUAUUGUAAGUUUUUAUGUUAAGACAUUAUGUACAUAUAUAUAUUCUCAUAAAAUUGUAAUUUGUGUAUGAUUAAAAUUUGAAUUUUCAAGUUACUUUUUCAUUAUUUCAAUGUCUUAAUUUAUUAACUAGUACAUACAAAAUAUCAUGUUGUGUACACCAUGCUUAAAUAAGACAUCUUGAAACUAAAUAUAUUAUGAACAUGUUUUAAUUGAA